AGUGGCCAAACAGAUGAUCAACUGGAAAGCGGCAGUGCUUGCCACGCACGGGGGGGGUGGGGGGCCGGCAGGUGGCACCAGAGGGCCGCCCGGCUGCUCUCUUUGCGCCCUAGCCCGCCGUAGUUCCCAGCGUGCUCCGGAAGUGACGCGACCGAUUCGGUGGGGCGCGUCUUUCCCACCACCAGGCAGGCCCCAGCGAGGUGACUGCGGGAUUCCGAGCUGCGCCGGAGCUGAGAUUCGAGAGCACUCUUGCCACCCCCACCCCACGCACGUGUUGCAAUGAUAUCAGAAUUUUGCGUGCGGUUUACCCGUGUUUAACCUCUUUGCGUCUCGUUUCUGAAUCGUAUCCACUUGAGCAUUACGCUAGACUGAUCUAUUUUAACACUGGUGGGGGGCAGCGAGGACAUGGUUUUAAACUUUAAAAUGAAAAUGUGAAACUAGGAAUGUUGUUGUGAGACCCCUUGGACAAACAGAUUUUUGCACUGGGGACAGAACUUGAGCAAUUUCUGUCUUGGCCUCGCCACUUACGUCCCUUCUUUCCUGUGGGGACAGGAUGGAUAGAUUCCUGGUGAAAGGGGCUCAAGGGGGCCUUUUGAGGAAGCAGGAGGAGCAAGAGCCAACUGCAAAAGAGCCAGCUGUGUUGGGAGGAGACAAAGAAAGCACAAGGAAGAGGCCCAGGAGAGAGGCCCCAGGGAAUGGAGGCCACUCAGCAAGCCCCAGCUGGCGGCACAUUCGGGCUGAGGGCCUGGACUGCAGUUACACGGUCCUGUUUGGCAAAGCUGAGGCAGAUGAGAUUUUCCAAGAAUUGGAGAAAGAAGUAGAAUAUUUUACAGGAGCACUGGCCAGAGUCCAGGUAUUCGGAAAGUGGCACAGUGUGCCCAGGAAACAGGCAACGUAUGGCGACACUGGGCUGACCUACACAUUUUCAGGCCUCACGCUGUCUCCAAAGCCCUGGAUCCCAGUUCUAGAGCGCAUCCGGGAUCACGUCUCUGGGGUGACUGGACAGACCUUCAACUUUGUGCUCAUCAACAGGUAUAAAGAUGGCUAUGACCACAUUGGGGAGCACCGAGAUGAUGAAAGAGAACUGGCUCCUGGGAGCCCCAUUGCCUCUGUCUCCUUCGGUGCCUGCAGAGACUUUGUCUUCCGGCAUAAGGAUUCCCGUGGGAAAAGUCCCUCCCGGAGGGUGGCAGCGGUCAGGCUGCCGCUGGCUCACGGGAGCUUACUAAUGAUGAACCACCCGACCAACACGCACUGGUACCACAGUCUUCCUGUGAGAAAGAAGGUUCUGGCUCCACGGGUGAAUCUGACUUUUCGUAAAAUUUUGCUUACUAAAAAAUAAAAACGUUUUUAACAGUU